CAAGGACCUGUACAAGGAGGCCAUGAUGGAGGAGCACCAGCCUCUUAUAUCACAAGAGAAUCCAAAUAAGAAUUCUGAGGAAAACUUCAUGUUAUCAUUAAAUUAUAAUGUAGAAGAAGAAGAUAUGCUGCUCUCUACCGGAGAAAACCUCAUUGCCCUUAAUGUACAUCCAGGACUUCACAGUACAGAUCUGUCAUAUUAUCCCUCUAAUCAUGAGGAACCUUUUCCUAACCAAUCACAGAUUGUUACCUCAAGUAUAAGUCAGAAAGGGGGUGAAAGGUUUCAUUGUGGUAAAGAGUUCACAAAAAGCUCAGGUCUUUCUACACACAGAAGAAUUUAUACAGGAGAGAAGUCCUAUUCAUGUUCAGAAUGUGGAAAAUGUUUUACACAGAAAGCACAUCUUGUUAAACAUAAGAUAAUUCACUCAGGGGAGAAGCCGUAUUCAUGUUCAGAAUGUGGGAAAUGUUUUACAGAUAAAUCAACUCUUGUUAGACAUGAGAGAAGUCACACAGGAGAGAAGCCAUAUUCAUGUUCAGAAUGUGGGAAAUGUUUUGCACAAAAUUCAGAUCUUGGUAAACACAAGAGAAGUCACACAGGAGAGAAGCCAUAUUCAUGUUCAGAAUGUGGGAAACUUUUUACACGGAAAUCAUAUCUUAUUUCUCAUAAGAGAAAUCACACAGGAGAGAAACCGUACUCCUGUUCAGAAUGUGGGAAACUUUUUACACAGAAAUCAUGUCUUGUUACACAUAAGAGAAGUCACACAGGAGAAAAGCCAUAUUCAUGUUCAAAAUGUGAGAAAUCUUUUGUAGAUAAAUCAGGUCUUGCUAAACAUAACAGAAGUCACACAGGAGAGAAGCCAUAUUCAUGUUCAGAAUGUGGGAAAUGUUUUGCACAAAAAUCAGAUCUUGGUAAACACAAAAGAAGUCACAAAGGAGAGAAGCCAUAUUCAUGUUCAGAAUGUGGGAAAUGUUUUACACGGAAAUCAGAUCUUGUUGAACAUAAGAGAAUUCACACAGGAGAGAAGCCAUUUUCAUGUACAGAAUGUGGCAAAUGUUUUACACAGAAAGCACAUCUUGUUAAACAUAAGGUAAUUCACACAGGGGAGAAGCCAUUUUCAUGUUCAGAAUGUGGCAAAUGUUUUAAAGAGAAAGCAUAUCUUGUUAAACAUGAGAGAAUUCACACAGGGGAGAGACCAUUUUCAUGUUCAGAAUGUGGCAAAUGUUUUACACAGAAAUCACCUCUUGUUAGACAUGAGAGAAUUCACACAGGAGAGAAUCCAUAUUCAUGUUCAGAAUGUGGAAAAUCUUUUAAAACAAAAUCAAAUCUUCUUACACAUGGGAUAAGUCACAUGGCAGAGAAGCCAUAUUCAUGUUCAGAAUGUGGGAAAUGUUUUAAAGCCAAAGCAUAUCUUUUAACACAUGAGAGAAGUCACACAGGAGAGAAACCAUAUUCAUGUUCAGAAUGUGGAACAUAUUUUACAGACAAAUCAAAUCUUCUUAGACAUAAGAGAGUUCACACAGGAGAGAAACCAUAUUCAUGUUCAAAAUGUGGAAAAUGUUUUAUACAAAAAUCUAAUCUUGUUAAACAUCAGAUAUGUCACACUGGAUAAAAUUAGAGACGAGUACAUGUCUUGAAAUACGUUUUGGGUCAGAUUCAAAUGAAUAAGUCAAUUAACAGCCUGUUUAAAGGGAAUCUUUCACCAACUUUUUACUAGCUUUACAUGGUAAAACUACUCUGAUCAUAAAUGUUUGUCACCAGGGUGUGCACUGAAUUUAUCCAUACCUCUCUAGUCUUCUCCCCUUAUGUUAUGGUGCUUAAAUACCAAAUCUGUACAGAACAUAUCCCCAAGGCAAGAGCCUGCAAAAGGGAAUGUAACGUGGCUUGUUUCGAUCAAGCAUUCUACCUAUUUUUGUUGGAGCAGCAGCAGUAAAGUAUAGAAGUUAACAGAUAAGGCAGGAGAUGUGCAGCUGUGUAGGGGUAGUAAAAAAGGCAGCAGGGGCAGUAGUAGCUGCAAGGGCAGCAGUACAGUAUGGAACCUGACAGACAGGAGAGGAGAUUUGUGGCUGUGUAGAGGUAGUAGAAAUGGCAGCAGGGGCAGUAGUAGCUGCAAUGUCAGCAAUACAGUAUAAAACUUGAGGGACAAGGCAGGAGAUGUGUGGCGAUGUAGGGGUCAUAGCAGUGGCAGCACAGUAUGGAACCUGAUAGACAAGGCAGGAGAUGUCUUUAUAGGAGUUAGUUAGUGCAUUGCAGAAAUAGAUGACAGAUACAGUCAGGGAACUGCACUGAAAUUCAGAAUUACUGGGUGAGGAGACAGGGAGAAGUAGUUUCAACAUCCCCAUUGAUGAUCCAAUCUCCCCAUCGGCCUCACUUUCCUUCUAUAACCUCCUUUCUCGGCCUCAAACAAGCUCACUUCCUCAUGCCUCUGCUCACUCCCUGACUUUAUUAGCUGAUGCUUCCAACUUUCUGACCACAAUCUUCUUUCCUUUACUAUAUAAAUCUCUCACUGUUCUCAUGACCGUCCUACUUUUCACACAGACAGAAACCUACUCAGCAUUAACUCCCAGCAGCCUAUUGGAUAAAAAAUAAUAAUGAGAUUCUUCAGUGGCUGAUACCUUUUAUUGGCUAACUGAAAAGGUUAUUUUUUUAGUUAGCCAUUAAAAGUUAUCAGCCACUGAGGAAUCUCAUUCCUUUUUUUGUAUAUUCUAUUUACUGGGCCACCUCUUGUGCGGAUCUGGCUGCCGAUCAUUACAACCAGACCCUCAAAACCAUCCUGGCACACACCUAAAUACAUUUUCUCCAGUGGUUCUCUAGGUGUGCAGAUUUUCUCCAUUAAAAAUGUAUAUUUAACUCUGCCCCCUAUCUGCUCACUUUAAAAUAACAAAAAAUGGUUACUAUCACUGAUCUUUGUGCUGAAGACCUGGCCACUUACUUCAGAGAUAAAAAAAAAAAAAAAAGGCAGCAGGAAAUAAUCUCACAGUCUCUGACCGGCUUUGAUCCCCCUCCAUCCUAAUCAGGGACAAUCAGGUCAAUUCCCAACUUCUUUAGGUUCAAAUGUGCCUAAAAAACACAUCUUUUCAGGCAGACUUAUUAUGUUCCCUAAACUGUCCGCUCCCUGUUUUAUUCCCUCGUCCUUUAUUCUUCAUAUUCGAACACCAUCUUCUGACCGUAAUCUGUGCACUGGCUGAUGCAGCUCCGUCUGCACUGCUCUAUCUAGUACUAAGGUGGCCGGACCACUUUAUAAAACAAUCAGUUUUUCCCUUUUUGUCACCCAUUGCUCCUAGAUUGUAAGCUCUUGUGAGCAGGAUCCUUACUUCUUGUAAAUUAGCCUCUAAUUCUGUGAUGUCUAUUUUGAUUUGCACGUGAACCCUCUGAAUAAUAAAGCUCCAGUGGAAUAUGGUGGUGCUAUAUAAA